AUGUCAUUAUUCCAAAUACCGGAAAAAAAUAAAUCAAGUGUGAUAUAAUCCCCAGAAUUGAGGUCUAACUUCUUUUCACUUAUCAGCCUUGGGUUUUAUGAUGUAAGAGUUAUCAAACUUCUUGAUGGAGAGUCACAAUCUAUGAAAUAGGCACUUUUAGGUUGUUGA